AUGGAGUCUUCUCCUCCCAGGGCCACGAUGAACGGCGUCGGCCCUGCGGCAGGCGUCAAGCGACCUGCCUCGUUGCUGCCCGCAUUCGAACCUUUGAGCUCAUCACCGGCUUUGCCUCGACCUCAAAAGAGAAUGGCACGAGAUGUAGGAGACUAUCCCACUCCUGUGCCGACCUCUUCAACUCAUAUCAUGUCCUCAUCCCCCCCUCAUAUGUCUAUGGGUCGACCAAAACUUCAACGCAGCGUCUUCUCGUCGAGUACUACGGAACGCGCCCCUUUGUCCACCGUCCCGACCUUGACGCUUCCCGAGUCUGGAGAAUCGUUGCUCAUGGGAAGAUCCAGCGCGUCAUGUCAUCACCAGCUCUCUGCUAAUCGAUUGAUAUCUCGCGUUCACGUCAAAGCAACCUACAAACCCGCCGGCAACCCCUUCGACCGCGACCGUGUUGAGAUCAUGUGCACGGGAUGGAACGGAAUAAAAUUGCACUGCCAGGGGAAAACUUAUGAUUUGGCAAAGGGCAAAACCUUCACGUCUGAUAUCAAAGAUGCCGAUAUCAUGAUCGAUGUGCACGAUGCUCGGGUAUUGGUUCAGUGGCCCCGGCAUGAACGCAAAGAGACGUCUUCGACUGAACCUGAACUUGCUUGGGAUGCAAGUUCUCCCUCCAAGUCGCACCGUGACCUCCAACAAAGUCCUAUCAAAGAAGCACCUCGCCUCGUGUCGCCUACUUCUCCUUCACCUCUGGCCAGAAACCGUAUACCCCCAUCGUCACCUUUGCUCAGUCCGAGUCGUUUACAUAGCACAAUAUCGAUAUAUGAAGAUGAACCAUUGUCCCCAACGCCUGCUAACAGAGAGUCAAAGACCCUUGACGCGUCUAUCACCACAACAUUUGACCACAGCUUGAAUGAUUCGCAUCUCAGCGCCUUGACAGACACAUUCGAAGACUUUUCUGACCACGAUGAAGAAAACGAUCCUAUUGUUCAUUCUUUUGGCCCUUUUGGCGAGAAUCUUUUGCCGCGUAUGGCUCAGUUCCGUGCAGGUGAUUCUCCAAUUAGAAUUGCUCGUCCUCGUACCCAACCGGAACCUCUUCGCUCAGUACACUCCCCUCCACAGCCGGUGGCGAUCAAAGAAGAGGAGACACAGGACAAGAAGAAAGACGAACAACUAGAAGAGAAACCAAAGAUCGAUGAGCGAAGGGCUGCAGCUAUUGCUGCUAUUCAAAAUCACGCCGCCAACCAACUCGCGUUUUCCCGUCUAUCCUCAACUCCGCUUUCCACGAUCCUGCAAAAUCUACCGGCUUCUCUCUGGAAAUCCGACUCUAAUGUAUUUGAACGCUUCACGCGCCACGAAAUCAGAGCCGUUCUCGAGGAUACAAAUUGCAUCGGCGAGGUUAUUCGCGAAGGAAAAGAUGCUGCUGGAAAGGCCCUGGAAAGCGAAUUCUACUAUAUCCCCGACAACGAUGAUGAUGAAAUGCGUCGACAGGCUGUUGUCAACGAUUUGCGCAAACCUGGGGAGCUCCGCGAUCUGAAUGAACGAGCGUGGGCUGGAGAAAGUGAUACAUUCGAAGUCAGCAAGUCGCUGGACUCGUCACUCAAGAAAAACACCGCCUUCAUCAAACGUCUCCGCACGGGAAUCUCAGCUUCUGCGCUCGCCACUUUCAUCGCCGAUAUCCGCACGCUUUCGCUUCACAAAUAUCUCUCGGAAAUCAUUUCGGCAUGCUUUGAAGGUCUCUGCAAGUUAAAGUCUCCUGGUGAGGUCGCCGCUGGAGUCGAGAUCGUAAGCGCGUUACAUCAACGGUUCGGCCCUCACGAAUUCACGAAGCAGAUCGGAUGGUUAUUGGGACGAGGGUUGAGUUCGCCGGAUAAAUCGCAGUUGAAAGCGCUUAGUCAGGAUGUUCGUGAGAGGGAGGAGAAAGAUCGAUUGUCGAGACAUCGGGUCUUGCUCAAGGUGGUGACGGAGUUGUGGCUCGUUGCGGUUUUGAAGACGCUGGAUGACAUUGAGCGGCCGGAUGAUCUUGGGGCGAAGAAUAAGGAUGCAAGUUCGAGUGCGGGGGGGAAGAGUCUGGAUGGACCGUCGAGAGUCAAAUCGGCUGCCAAAGGUGAUCCGGAGAAGGAAUCUGAUCCGUAUCCUUUAGAGGUUCUGAAGGAUCUUUUAGGCCACGACAGGGACCAUACGAACCUCCCUCUUGCUGUUCUGUUCGUCAAGUCAUUUAGCUGGGAUAUUCUGGGUGUCAAGACUGCCGAAGAAGGGCGCAAGACUGUCGAUGCGGACGGCGCAACUACUGCUGCCCCGGACAGUGGCAAUUUACCUGAAGAGACCAACGGAGACGCCGCAGCAGAGCCACCGUUGGCUUCUGAGAAACUUCAACUGCGCUUCAAGAAUAUUCUAACUCGGUACCUGGAGGACGUCAAAGCACACGUCGUUCGCGAUCAAAAGGCACUCACUGCGCAAAGUCGUCGCAAUGCCGAAGCAUACGUCAAAAGUGGCGAGAUUUUUGAGGACCGACAAGCAAAUUUUGAAAAACAAUCCAAAGCGCAUGAGAAGCUAGUAGCAAACACUCAGGCCAUGUGUGAGAUACUUGGUGUGGAAAUGCCUAGCUUGGUCGACAAAGAGGCAGCCGACGCUUCGACAACCGGAGGGAUUGGCCUCGUCAAGACUGCUGAGUAUCUUCGUGGACAAGGCGAUGGUGCAGGUAUCUGGGAAGAUGAAGAAGAGCGACGAUUCUACGAGAACCUUGCGGAUCUCAAAGGCAAAGUGCCAGCUGUGCUACUAGAGGAUGGCAAGAAGAAAAAGGGCGACGCUGAUGAGCAAGCAAAAGGGCAAGACGCAACUGAAAAGGCAGACGCAGAUGUCUCGGCAGAUGCCAAAGCUGCGGCUGAAGCAGAUAAUGAGUCUGUUGCGAUUGUCAACAAAACUGUUGGCGCCCAGGUUGAUGCGCUUCUUGUCAAGCUCCCGGAUCUGCAAACUAAGGACCAAGUCGAUCAGCUUGCGCUGGACUUUUGCUUCUUGAACUCCAAAGCUUCUCGAAACCGUCUCAUCAAGGCUCUACAGGAUAUCCCUAAAGGGCGAACGGAUUUACUGCCACUCUACUCUCGCUUAGUGGCUACCCUUGGACAGCACAUGCCAGACAUCCCUCAAGGAUUGAUCACAUAUCUGGAUGAAGAGUUUAGAAGCUUACAGCGCCGCAAGCAAAAGGAGUUUCUUGGACAAGUUAGAAUGAUCAAUAUCCGAUACCUGGCCGAAUUGACUAAAUUUGGCGUUGUGCCCGAGCAUGUCAUUUUUCACUGCCUCAAGGUGUGUCUGGACGACUUUUCACGUACAAAUAUCGAAAUUAUGGGUAAUUUGCUUGAGAAUUGCGGACGGUAUCUCCUACGGAAUCCGGAAACAUCGCCUAGAAUGUCCUCGUUCUUAGAGACUGUUAGUCGGAAGAAAGCUGCUACGCAUCUGGGUCAGCAAGAGCGAAUGAUUAUCGAAAACGCCAUGUAUUAUGUUGAUCCUCCUGAGCGCCCUGCUAUCCAGCAAAAGGAACGUACACCAAUGGAGUUGUUUAUUCGAAAGAUGCUUUAUCUGGAUAUGAACAAGCGCAAUUACACCAAGAUACUGAAAUCUAUCAGGAAGCUUCACUGGGAAGAGUCAGAGGUUGUCGAUAUCCUUGAACGAGUAUUUAGCAGACCGCACAAAGUAAAGUACGGCAAUAUUCACUUGUUGGCUAUCCUCGCCAGUGCUUUGUACCGCUAUCACCAAGAGUUCGUUAUUGGUGUGGUGGACAAUGUCUUGGAGUCCAUCACCCUUGGCCUGGAACUCAAUGAUUUCAAGUUCAACCAAAAACGCGUUGCAGAGGUCAAAUAUCUUGGAGAGCUUUACAACUAUAAGAUGAUUGACUCUCCAGUGGUUUUUGAUGCCUUGUAUCGCAUUGUUGCCUUUGGGCAUGAAAACGGAACACCGUCGCCUAAUAAGAUCAAUUUGCUUGAUAUGCCGGACGAUUUCUUUCGCAUUCGUCUUGUUUGCACUGUGCUCGACACUUGCGGCGUUUGCUUUGACCGUGGCUCGGCUAAGAAGAAGCUCGAUUUCUUCCUUACAUACUUUCAAUACUACAUCUUUACCAAAGAUCCAUUGCCAAUGGAUGUCGACUUUCUCAUUCAGGAUACAUACUCGCUUGUUCGCCCUCAGUGGAAGAUCGCAGGCGACAUUGAAGAAGCCGGACGUCUUUUUAGCGAGGCAAUUGCCCAGAAUUACAAGGUUCAAGAUGGUGACAAAAGUGCUGAAGUAGAUGAUGACGAGGUUGAGAGCAUUUCUUCUGAUGCCAAUGGUGAAGAAGGUCUUGACGAGGAUGGCGUCGCGGAUAUUGAUGAUGGACAGUCCUCGGCUGAAGAAGCUGAACCAUUUGCCCAAAACGGGGAUGAAGAGGGCGAAGUAGCCGACUCAGAAUCCGAGGAUGAGAAGAUCUUUGUUGCGCGUCAGGAAGAAGAAAGAGACCCCGAAGCGGAGGCUGAUUUUGACCGAGCUUUCGAGAAGAUGAUGGCUGAAAGCAUGGAGGGUCGCCGAUUUGAAAGGAAGGCUCUGUUUGACAUACCGCUUCCUAUGCGGCCAUCUCGUCGGGAACAGACAGCAAGCGACGAGAUGCCGAUACAAGCACCGCAAGCGCCAGCUAAAACCAUGGCAUUUUCGCUCAUGACCAAGAAAGGAAACCGGCAGCAGACGCGCACAAUUGAGCUGCCUUCCGACUCUAGCUUUGCAAUCGCCAUGAAAACGCAACAACAGGCAGACCGCGAAGAGCAGCAACGCAUCAAGAACCUUGUUCUGAGCUAUGACCCAGGAGACGUGGAACAACCCGAAGUCUCGGAGAAACGACCGUCGCGUGACAAUAGAAUGGACAAGUCGAACCGGCCGGGAUUUCGUUCACGGAAAUUGCAAUUGAGUGAUGUUGACUGGUAG